AGACAGCCGCUGACGAUGCACCUGAAGAGAUGGACGAUAUCUGGAUAUGGGGUAUUACACUGAUCAUUUUGGGAACCGGCUUUUUCUCAUGUUGCCUUUAUGCUAUGGUUAUUUCCAAAUGGAUGCCUCCAUCAGAAAGCCCGCUGCUGUCAUGGAUCCAGAAAGACAGGCCCGGAUCGCCGCCAUUUUGAGGGAGAGAAAAGAGAAGAAAGAGCUCCUCAAGCAUGCGAAGCUAAAAGCAAUCGCAGAGGAGCAGGCGGCGAAGAAGAAGCAAUUAGAAGAGGAGAUGUUGAGGUUUCAGAAAGAGAAGAUGAUGAUGUUACAGCGAGAGGAAGAAGAUAAGAGAAAGGUUGUCGGGGAAGAAGCAGCAGCAGAAGAAGAGGAGGUAGAAGAAGAACCUCUUGAGAGGAGGCGUAGGGAAGAGAGAGGAGAAGCAAGUGGCAUGAAGGGAGAAGACGCCUGGAUGGAGAAAAAGAUCCGUGAGUGGGUGGCUAAUUUAUCGUUAGGGGAGGAUGAGGAGGCAUGGUUGUACGUGCCGCAGGAGAAGAGAGAAGCGUUUGCCAGGGAGUUGGAAGCGAUAGAAGAUCCCCUGGAACGCCAGACAACAGAAGAUGCAAAGAAAUUGGAGUGGAAGUUGCGAAUGAUGAGGGAGAAGAAGAGGAGGAGAGAGGAGGCUAACAGGGUGGCGAAAGAAGUAGAGAGGGUUCAAGCCUGUAGACAGGAGGUGCAGGCUCAAGCUGAGGUCCCCGCCAAAUUAGAUAAGAUUUUGGGGUACCUAGAGGUUUUGAGCAAGGCCUGGAUAGAAGAGCAUCAGGCCGUUAAGGGUCAAGAUGUGACACUUCACGCCAUCCGAUCCGGUUUCAGAGAGUUUGCACGCGACAUGGUGACCCAUGUCGGGUCCGAGGUUAAAAGGCUAAAGGAGGGCGUAGAUAAGUUCUGCACAGGCGCCAUUGAAAGCGCCAAAGUGGUGGCCACUGCAGAGGCCACAGCGCGUCAACGCAAAGAGUCUGUAAAGCUUAAGCUCCCUGAUGCCUAUAGUGGGAAAAAGGAUGAUAGUUUUGACAACUGGGAGGCCAGCGUCAACACUUAUGUGUAUUUACAGCAUAUCGCCCCCGAGGAGCAGGUCCUCGUUGCCUUCCAUGCGUUGAAGGACGAAGCGGCAAGCUUCGCCAGGUCCUUAGCGCGCGCCGCAGAUUGUGAGCACAACAUGAUUGCUCAUUUGCGGCUCACCCCUCUCUCCACUUUUCUCAAACUCUUACGUGAGAGGUUCGCUGAGGUCACGAGAGGCGUCUUGGAGAAGCUGAGAGAAGCUAACUUCAAGAUCAAUGCGAAGAAGUGCGAGUGGGCCAAGACACAAGUCCUGUACUUCGGCCACGUGUUAGACGGAGAUGGCAUGAAGCCUGAGGACAGUAAGAUAGCGGCGAUUAGAGAUUGGCCAACGCCCCGCACGUUGACAAAGUUGCGGUCGUUCGUAGGCCUAACUAACUACUAUAGAAAGUUCGUGAGGAAGUUCUCGACUAUCGCCGCUCCCCUUCUUAGGUUGUUAAAGAAAGAGGCAAUCUGGCAAUGGGAUAAAGACUGUACGUCUGCGCUAAAGAAGUUGAAGCGCGCAUUAAUAGAGUAUCCUGCCCUCAAAGUAGCAGAUCCAUCCUUGCCAUUUGUCGUCACCACGGACGCGAGUCAGUAUGGUAUAGGCGCCGUGUUACAGCAGGGCGACGACAAUGGUUACAGACCCGUAGAGUUCAUGUCAGCGAGGAUGCCCUCAGAGAAGGUUGCUACCUCGACGUAUGAGAGGGAACUCUAUGCUCUCAGGCAUGCUUUAGAACACUGGAAGCAUUACCUGCUUGGGAGGCACUUCAAGGUGUAUUCAGACCAUGAAACGCUUAGAUGGCUGAAGACCCAGGCCAAAAUGACACCUAAGUUGACUAGGUGGGCCGCAAAGAUAGACCAAUUCGACUUUGAGCUCAAGCCAGUUAAGGGCAAAUACAGUGUAGUUGCGGAUGCUCUGAGUAGGAGAUCAGACUACUUCGGAGCCAUAGUUCACUAUCUGGAUUUAGGGAGUGACCUGCAAGAGAAAGUUAGACAGGCUUAUGCACAGGACCCUAUUUAUAGUGACCUCCUCAAGAAAGUUAAUGAGGCCCCAGAGACUGAGCCAGAUUACCGCACUACACAGGGGUUGUUAUUUGAGAAGACUAAUGUCAUAGACCGUCUUGGUGUUCCCACCAGCGAGGAGAUCCGUAGUUUGAUCUUAGGGGAAUGCCACGACACAGAGGGACAUUUCGGGUGGCAAAAGACUCUAGCUAAUCUAAUGCAUGUGUAUACAUGGCCAGGAAUGAAGAACGACUGCAUAGAGUAUGUCCGCAGUUGUAAGGUUUGCCAGAGAAGCAAGAGCACUACACAUGCCCCUCUAGGUCUUCUUAGACCCUUGCCUAUUCCUGAUCAGCUAGGAGAUUCAGUGUCCAUUGACUUUAUGGACACCGGUGUUAAGAGUAGGCACGACAAGAGCCAAGUCAUGGUUAUAGUCGAUAGAUUAGCAAGUAUUACUGUCUUCUCAUUCCUCUGACCAUUCCCGUGACCGUCGUGGCCGUCUUCUUGCACUGGUUAAGCAUGAAGUUCUUCAAGCAUGCCUAAGGCUUCAAUGAUAGGUCUAACGUAGUUUUGUUAGGACUGGGGCACCUGAAGUCAAAAGUGAGGCAAUCAAAGGUCGCCACAGGCUGCCGAUCGAGGGAUGCAAGGCUUGAAGUUCUUCAAGCAUGCCUAAGGCUUCAAUGACUGGUCUCACUUAGUUUUUUAUGGAAGAAGCUUUCCUUGGCUUAGGACCCGGGCACCUCAAGUCAAACGCGAGGCAAUCAAAGGGCUCCCAUAAUGGGUCUUGUAAUUUGCAGCAAUGGUGAUGUCUCCUGGGUUUAACUCACCCACGCUGAGCCCUGUCGACGCGAUCAAUGGUCAGCUGUGGCUAUUGAGGGUUUUUUAUUUUUCAUAGCUGAAGUCAUUGUCAUGCCGGACAUUCCACUCAGGUAUUCACGAUGAAGCUUGGAGUUGGAGGAUCACCGCUGCCUCUUACCUUCUCAUCGUUUUUGUGACAAAAGCAAACAAGUGUCAUCAUGGGAUACGUGGCCCACUUGGCACAGAACUCACGGUGGCAGGCAAUACUCGAACAGGUGUGUGUUCCAGUUAUGCUUGGGGGUAAAAUGGCGAUGCAACAAUCUGACGGAGCCUGGCCUCCCAUGAGCUAGGGGUUCACUGUCUCAAACAGAUGGGCAUAUGAUUGCAGAUGAUUGUCAUUUUCAGAUGGUACUUCACAACUGAUCAAGAAUGUCUGUUGUCCUUCUCCGUACAGGCAGAAGGGUGGAGAGAAGCACCAGUUGGGUUGUCGUCUUUGGAUGAUACUUCCACAUCUGAUGAAGAAUGUGGGUUGUCCUUCUUCACAGAGGCACAAUGGUGGAGGAACAGCAGCAGUUUGCAUGUGUGACUGGUUACCGUCUGCCCCUUUCUGUCUUCUGUGUCAUUUUUCUGUCUCACCAACCGCUCUGCAGGCAUGUGUCCCAGCUGCGUGAAAGUACAUGUCAACCCGUAAACAAAUUAUUAUUGACAGU